AUGAAUACAAUAUGUAAGUUUUGUGGAGCAACACUAUGGGCUGAAGAACGAGCUGAAAAGAGUAAAUCACCACUUGAACCGGAUUUCUCUAUGUGUUGUUCGAAAGGAAAAAUAGCAAUUCCUUACUUGAAAGACCCGCCUGAAUUGUUGCUUAACCUGCUUACAAAUAAUGAUCCCAGAAGUCGAAAUUUUCUUGAUAAUAUUCGAUCUUACAAUAGUAUGUUUGCAUUUACCUCAAUUGGAGGUAAAAUUGUCACCAAUAUUAAUGAUGGUCAUGGUCCUCCUCAAUUCAUUAUCAGUGGUCAGAAUUACCAUCGUAUAGGAAGUUUACUGUCAGACGAAGGGCAGUCCCCCAAGUUUGUGCAAUUAUAUAUAUAUGACACCAAGAAUGAAGUUGAGAACAGAUUAAAACCAUUCAGCAGCAAUGGAAAUAAUAGCCUUGAUCCUACCCUGGUUGCUGAGUUGAUAAAAAUGGUUGAUCAAUAUAAUCGUUUAGCUAGAUUAUUUAGAAGGGUGCGUGAUUAUGUUGAACGAGGUGAGGCUGAGAAUGUUGCUUUGAGAUUAUUUAGGAGUUGUUCUCUUGAUCCAAAGACAUACAAUCUUCCAAGUGUUGAUGAAGUUGCAGUCUUAAUUGUUGGUGAUUUUGACAGUUCUGAUUGUGGGCGUGAUAUUAUUCUUCGUACUAAGCAUGGCCAGUUUCAAAGGAUUUAUGAGAACCAUUCUUCGUUCCUUCCUCUUCAAUACCCGAUACUUUUCCCACAUGGGGAAAAAGGUUUCUCUGAGGAUAUUGACUUUGCAAAUCUUCAUAAUGUUAAUACAGACCCUAGGCGUGAUCAUAUUUCACUGCGUGAGUGGGUUGUUUUUCGGCUUUUUGAAAGGAAAUUUGAGUGCAAGCGAAUCUUUCUAUCUAGACGUUUGUUUCAACAAUUUGUGGUUGACUGUUAUUCAAUGAUUGAGUCUCAAAGAUUGUAUUAUUACCGGAACAACCAAUCAAGUAUAAGAAGACAUUUUCUAGAAGGAAUUGAGGAAGCAAUGAGCCGUGGUGAUACAUGUUCAUCAACCAUUGGAUCAAGAGUAUAUCUUCCAGCUUCUUUUAAGGGUGGCAAGCGCUACAUGUUCAACAAUUGUCAAGAUGCCAUGGCUAUUUCCAACACAUAUGGUUAUCCUGACCUAUUUUUGACAAUGACUUGCAAUCCCAAAUGGCCAGAAAUUGAUCGACAUGUUUCUGCAUUAGGCUUGACUGCUUCAGAUCGACCAGAUCUAGCUUGCCGUGUCUUUCAUAUGAAGUUAAAUGCAUUAAUUAUUGAUUUAAAGAAUGGUGAUUUCUUUGGCAAGGCUAUUGCAGGCACAUAUACUAUUGAGUUUCAAAAAAGAGGAUUGCCUCAUGCUCAUAUUUUAUUGUGGCUUAGCAUGGAAAACAAGUUACGUACUCCUAAUAUGAUUGAUUCUGUUAUUUGUGCUGAGUUGCCGGAUCCCGAACGUUUCCCACAAUUGUUUGAGUGUGUAUCCAACUAUAUGGUUCAUGGUCCAUGUGGGUUUAGUAACAAAGAUUCUCCUUGCAUGAAGAAUGGUCAUUGCUCCAAAUAUUUCCCCAAAAAAUUUGUCCAGUCAACAUCGUUUGAUAGUGAUGGUUAUCCAAUAUAUAGAAGAAGAAAUACUGGUGUAAUCACUCUGAGGAAGGGCGUCCCUUUGGAUAAUAGAUAUGUUGUUCCUUACAAUCCAAAGUUGUUGAUGAAAUAUCGUGCACAUAUCAAUAUUGAAUAUUGCAAUAAAUCGAACUCCAUCAAAUAUUUAUUUAAAUACAUUAAUAAGGGAGUUGAUAGGGUCACAAUGUCAAUGAGUGUGCCACAAGCAAAGAAGGAUCAACUUGAAGAAGUGGAUGAGAUUAAACAAUAUUAUGAUUGCAGAUAUCUUUCACCAUGUGAAGCUCUAUGGAGAUUAUACGGAUUUGAAAUUCAUUUGAAGUGGCCACCUGUGAAGAAACUAAUUUAUCACAUGCCUAAGAAACAAGUCAUCCUAUUCAAGGAACAAUAA